AUAAAUCGGAAACCCUAAUAAAAAGAGAGGCCGGACGAUGAAGAAAAGGAGCGAUAGAUUCUACCUUUUCUGCCGGAGGAAAAAAAUCUCCUCUCUUCUCGUUGUUAUUGUUGUUUCUGUCAUAGUUUAGGAUUUGUUUAUAGAAUUUCGCUUUUUAGAGUUUGGAGGCACCAAAUCUUGGAUCAGCUCUAGCGUAGCGACGCCAGGGUGUAGAUUCGAAACCAGGGUUCUUGUGCUGCCUGCCUCUCUGUGUUCUGUGAUAAAGGAAGCUAGGGCACCUUUUUCUAUGGCGGCUAUAAAUCGGAAAAAUGGGGGUAUGGUGGACACAGGCGCUGGUGAACGGAUUGGAGGGGCUGGUGACGGCGUUUCAGAUACAGUUCAAUUUGAUGCUACACAAUAUGCAUUUUUUGGAAGUGUCACAGAAGAGGUUGAGUUAGGUGGAUUAGAAGAUGAAGAUAGUGUUAAUGAUCCCCACUUUGUUGGGAUUGGUGAUGAUUAUCAGUUUUCUAGCCUAGGAGAAAGAUUAGAGGGAGAAGAAAUCGAGUCAAUAACUGAUAUUGAUGACCUUGCAAGUACAUUUUCAAAGUUGGACAGAGGUAUUGUUGAACCAAGGAUCACAGAAGUACUUGAUGGCAGAGAUUCUUUUUCUAGGGAAAGUUCUUCGUUUACUGGAGAGUGGGUACAGGAGCCAGGCUUUUCAAAUUGGCAAGAUCAUCAUAUAUUGGAUGCUGAGGCUGGCCAGGAUGGUAAAAGAUGGUCAUCACAUCCGCAUCCUCUUUCAGGUCAUGCUCCAGAUUCCAGACCUCUCUACAGAACGUCAUCCUCUCCUCAACAGAAGCAACUAUUUAAACCAAGUGAACCGGUCCAUUUACCAAUAUCUUCUCGUACAUCCUUACCUCCAUGCGGUGAACCUACACAAUUCCAUCAUAAUGCCUUCCAAGGCGUUGCAUCACCUUCUAGUUCUGGCCUCCAGGUGCCUUUCUCUCCACCGAAUCCCUACCUUUUUUCCAAACUUCGUCCAGCAGCAGCACAUGGAUCAAAUCAAGAUGGAUAUUUUACUCAGUUUGGUCCACACGGACUUCCAAUUAAUAGCAGGCAACAGGGUCACUGGUCAGAAUCGCCUAGUAUACUUUCAUCGAAUGUGUUGGCUGAUCCAACACAAAAUCAGAGUCAUUUCAACAAUCAAAUUCCUUCUCAACUGGUGCAUCAGCAACAUGGAAUGCCCCCGAAUUUGCCUUCAAUGGUGCGAUUCCCCAGCAUGCAAACACAACAGUUCCACCCUAGUCAAUCCUCAACACAGAUGAUGAAUACGUUUGAAACUACGAUGAGGUUGGCUGAGUUCAAGGACCCGAGAUUUAGACCAAUGCACAGGGGAAGAGAGUACUUUGGGUUUGCUCAACACCCUUCUGAUAUUGGCUUCCAUAGGAUAGAUAAUGGGUGGCCGAGGUUUCAUUCCAAAUUCAUGACAACCGAAGAGCUUGAGAACAUUGCUAGAAUGCAACAUGCUGCGACCCACUGCAAUGACCCCUACACAGAUGAUUACUAUCACCAAGCUUGUCUAGCAAAGAAAUAUUCAGGAUCAAAUUUGAAGCACUAUUUCUGCCCUAAUGUCACCAAAGAUUUAUCGUCUAGAUCCAAGUCCAAGGAUGACCCACAUCCAUAUCUCCAGGUGGAUGCACUUGGUAGGCUUGCUUUCUCAUCAAUCCGUAGACCUCGCCCUCUUCUUGAGGUUGAACCAAAAUCAGCAUCUGCAGAUAAUAUUUCUGACCAGAAAUCUUCUGCAAAGCCCUUGGACCAGGAGCCUAUGCUGGCUGCUAGGAUCACCAUUGAGGAUGGUCUUUGCCUUUUACUUGAUGUAGAUGAUCUUGAUCGCAUAUUGCAAUUCAGUCAGCUUCAAGAUGGUGGCUCUCAACUUAAGAGAAAAAGAGAGAUGCUCCUGCAAGAAGUUGCGGCAUCUUUUCAUCUAGUUGAUCCUCUCAGUCAUUCCGGUCAAUCUGGGGCAAACCUAGAGGGUGAUCUAGUGUUUCUUCGCCUACUUUCUCUUCCAAAAGGCCGUAAGCUACUCUCUCGGUACCUUGAACUUCUUACCCCUGGAAGUGAGAUCACCCGCGUCAUCUGCAUGGCCAUUUUUCGCCACCUGAGGUUUCUGUUUGGUGUAAGGCCAUUGGAUACAAGUGCAGCGGAAAGCACCACCAAACUAGCAAAAACCACUGCUGCAUGCAUGCAUCUCAUGGACUUGAACUCUCUUAGCGCAUGCGUAGCUGCUGUUGUUUGUUCCUCUGAACAGCCACCUCUUCGUCCACUAGGAAGUCUUGCCGGUGAUGGUGCUUCUGUGAUCAUUAAAUCUGUUCUUGAUAAAGCAACAGUGCUUCUAACAAAUGAUAACACAGCUAGCAACUAUAGUAUUUCUAGCCGCCAUCUCUGGCAGGCAUCCUUCAAUUCCUUCUUUGGUCUUCUCACAAAGUAUUGUCACAGUAAAUUUGAAACUGUGAUGCAGUCCCUCCACAUGCAGGCUCCAGCUGCAGCGGUUGCUGGAUCAGAAAUCACCAAAGCUAUAAGUAGGGAGAUGCCUGUGGAGUUGUUGCGGGCGAGUCUUCCUCAUACAAAUGAGCAUCAGCGAAAGCUGUUACUAGAUUUUGCUCAGAGAACAAUCCCUUCUAAUGGAGGAAGUAAUGGGCAGUAACUUCUGGAUGAGUGCCUGAUUAGUGUUCUAUUGCAUCCAAUGUAUGAUGAAAGAAAAGGGCUGCUUCUGAGACCAGCCAUUAAGUUGAUGGCGAGUGGCACCUCAACACACAACUUUCUACGGAUUCACAAAUUAUGUUAUCCUCUCGUGGUGGUAACUUACUGCCUGUGCUUUUGGAUGUGUCUCCCAAUCUUCAUAUAUAUCAUUUGCAUUUAGAUAUCGUAGGAGUUUGACCAGAAGUUUACUUCUGGGGAGCUUGUUUUGUUGCUCUUUAACACAACUCCGUAUGGAUGGGGUUAGGAGUUGUACCAGUUUUCCCGCCGGUGUUUUGAUUCUUGUAUGGUCGGUGGUAGAUUGAUGUUUGUUUUAGCUACUUCGGUUGGCAUUUCAGCAGGUUCCUGUUUAUCCACGCGAUUUCUACAAGUUGUCUAAUUGUAAUCGACCAUAAUCCGUUUACUAUCAAGUUAUGUUUCUUUUUGCUAGUCAAUAAAUAAAUCCUUUCUCCUGUUUUUGAUAUGAAUUCCAAA